AUGGCGACGGGCAUGGUCGCUUCCAUCUCGCCGCGGAUUCCACCAGCUCCUCCCACCUGCAGUCGUACCGAAGCGGCGACCUCCCCGCUCUGGACGCUGCUCCUGCGCCAGCUGAAACCAGACUUGCACCUGCUCGGCUUUGACGUCGCGGAUCCCCUGGCCAUCAGCUGGUACAACGAGUCAGUUCCUGAAGGAAUGGGCAGGAGCAUACCCACGCCUAUGACACCAGGUGGCAAGACUCUGGCAGUUGUGGUGGGCAACAACAAGUACCUGUGGCCGCGCUUCUUGGAGGCCUAUGAGUCAGACACCAGCCUGCAGCUCAGCGAGGACCCUCUGGAUGCCUAUGUGGAACGGCGGCCGGUGCGGAUCUUUUGGGGACACCAGGAGCGCGAUGGGGUGAUUGGGGGCCCCAGCCUUGAGCUGCAGCGCAUGGCUUCAGCCGCCGGCGUGUCCAUCUGGGACGAGCCCUCCUGCCUUUCGCUGCACCCAAAAUACGGGCCAUGGUUUGCACUUCGCGCCGUCAUGGUGUUUGAUGGGAUUGAAUACACAGGCAUCAGGCCAGCUCAGCUGCAGAAUCCCAUGGGGGACGCCACAAAGGCGUAUGUGAGGAUGGCGGUGCGCAGCGCACGGAGCCCCUCCACUGACAACCUUGCUGACCUCAGCGGCAAGAGGGAUCUUGGGGAGAGGCGCAGCUCUGGGGAUGGGCACCCAACGCGCGAGCUGGUCAGGGAGCGCUGGCAGAGAUGGGUGGCUGUGCGCGAUGCACCCUACCCGGGCCACCCCUUCCGCUACCCCAAGCAGAUGCUCGAGUACCACUACACAGGCAGCCGCUCCUGCCUGCAAUUGACCAAGUGCUAG